UCUUUUUAGCCAAGAUUUGUAGGCAUUAGCCCAAACACCUACCCAACGUUGUCUUGUAUUUUGCUAAAGCCCGAGUCUUAAACCGAGUUAGAGCACUCGGCGAGUUGUUGCUUCUUUCAUCAGCAAUCCGCGUCAGUCGGAAGUGACCCAGAUGUUUGUUCUCACUUUGAUACUGGGCUGUAAUUUUCGGGACAAUUUCAUGGAAGUGUUCACUUGGAGUAUACUGAAUGUUUCCUGUGUACUCUCCAUGGCCCGAUCACGGAAUGCAAUUGUUGCUACUGGCUUGGUAAUUUUCGCAGCUGCAGGCUUGGCAUUUCCCUUUUACAUGGCGUCAUCGCCAAAGCCUGUCAUUGACCCAUCAAAGCCACUAUCACCCCAGGCAACAUUUCGAGGGCCUUAUAUAAACACUGGUUCUCGUGACGUUGGACCUGACUAUCAGACCUACCCGAAGAAGUGACCAUCAUGAUGAAAGGACUUGUCUGUAUUUUGGACCAAGAAGGUCUCUCUUGAUCUACAAAUCUAGAUGACAUAUAGAGAUCUAAGAUUCUUCUCGUGUUCACUUUGAAUGGAAAGAAUAAGCGUAAGAGUUUAAAAUCCAGUCCACCGGACAUGUAUGCUUUAAUUUCGUUGUAAACUAAUAUUACUAGCAUUAUUAUUAUUUUUUGUUUCUUUUCUUUUUUCACUGUAAGCCUCAUAACCUAAUUUCAGAUUCAUGAAGGAAAAUCAUAAAAGUUCAAAGAGAAGUAGUAUACUUUCUUUAA